GUCUGCGCGUGACGCAGGGAGGGGACUACUUAAAGGCGGAUUAACACUGGCAAGACAUUAAAUCCAACCUCCCUCCAUCCAGACACAGCGCACGAGCCAUCAACCUGAACUGGAGAUCGAAAAUAGGAGGGCUUAUAGUAAUCAGCCCUUCAGAUUCUCCAAGACGACGAGAAAGUGUAGCAGCGUUGCACGAGCCGUUGGUCCAAAGCAAAUAAUAAUUUUGCGUCGCGCGCAAGGGAGGAGGGCAGGAACAGCUGCGGGCUCGUAAUCAAUGCAUUUGCCAGAUAACCUCGGAGCCUCUGGGGAGUGACAACAACCAGAAACCCGGGGAAAUAUUUUCCACAUUUGGUUGGAGUUCGUGCAGGGUGCCGUGGGCUCUCGCCUUCUCCGGAUGAACAACAAUGGGGGAAUGGACCAUACUAGAGAGGCUCCUGGAGGCUGCUGUCCAGCAGCACUCCACUAUGAUAGGGAGGAUCCUACUUACUGUCGUGGUGAUCUUCCGGAUUCUAAUAGUAGCAAUAGUUGGAGAGACAGUCUAUGAUGACGAGCAAACAAUGUUUGUUUGUAAUACAUUACAACCCGGCUGCAACCAGGCUUGCUACGACAAGGCAUUCCCAAUUUCACACAUUCGAUUUUGGGUAUUCCAGAUCAUAAUGGUAUGCACCCCGAGUUUAUGUUUUAUUACAUACUCCGUGCAUCAGUCGGCGAAACAGAAGGAGCGACGGUACUCCACGGUGUUUUUGACCCUGGAUAAGGAUCAAGAUUCAAUGAAACGAGACGACAGCAAGAAGAUUAAAAACACCAUUGUGAAUGGAGUACUUCAAAACACAGAUAACUCCACCAAAGAAGCCGAACCAGACUGUUUGGAAGUCAAAGAGAUCCCCAAUUCAGCCAUGAGAACUACUGGGAAGUCGAAAAUGAGGCGGCAAGAGGGUAUCUCGAGAUUUUACAUCAUUCAAGUGGUUUUCAGAAACGCGCUGGAAAUUGGGUUUUUAGUGGGUCAAUAUUUCUUGUACGGAUUCAACGUCCCGUCGGUUUACGAAUGUGAUCGAUACCCCUGUAUAAAAGAUGUCGAAUGCUAUGUUUCCAGACCCACAGAGAAGACCGUGUUUCUAGUCUUCAUGUUCGCAGUCAGUGGCUUUUGUGUGUUGCUGAAUCUGGCAGAACUCAAUCAUUUGGGGUGGAAGAAAAUCAAAACGGCCGUGCGAGGAGUGCAGGCAAGAAGAAAGUCAAUAUAUGAAAUUAGAAAUAAGGACUUGCCCCGAAUGAGUGUGCCUAAUUUCGGUCGCACUCAAUCCAGUGACUCUGCUUAUGUUUAGCAUAUGGAGAGAGUUAAAGAUGGGACCAUGUGUGAUUUGUAAAGAUUAAACAAAGCUAAACACCGGGUGGACAGCUCCUCACGCCACAUCCGUUUAAUGACUUAAAAGAGUGGGAUGAUUUUUGAUUUGUCUUUUAAGGACUCCAGUAGCAAACGUGGAUCACACGUUUGUUAACUUAUUUAUUACAUUGCACUGAUGCAACUUUUUAGUAAAGUUUAUACUCUGUAAAGCGCUAAAUAUAGAUCAUGUCAUGUGUUCACGUAUUUACUCUUUGUGGGCUGAUCUACUGUACUUGAAGAGAGUAAAUGCAAAUUGCACUAAGAGGUGAACACCGGGCAGCCAAACCUAACCCGAUACGUGCUACUGAAGGUGUUUAAAAAUAAUUCAACCAGUUUUUAACACCGACCUAUUUAAGCGAAACAAUAUACUAGUUAUGUGUUCGACGGGGAAUCGAAUCUCCAGAUGUAUUUCGGCAUAUGCCUAAAUAUAUACAUACAUUGUGAUGGAUCAACCUAAUUUAAAUACAUUUGCAUCAUUCAUCUUUUUUGUUGCCUAUGUUCGCACCACUGACCUUAACGUAUGUAAUCAUUCCAUUGCUAUAGCCUAUAGCUGACUUGCAAAACAGUAUCUGGUGGAUUUGCUGCAACGCUAACGUCUGUGACUUCCUUAAUUUAUACACCAAAGCGCCCACUGCUUUCAUUUGUGAAAAGUGUUUUCUUGCUUUCGUGUAAUCAAGUGCCAUACUUGUACAUAAACAUAUAUGUAUACAUAUAAAUAUAUAAAUAUAAAUAUAUAAUAGUAUUCAUCAUGAAAGCUAAUUCCCUGCUUGAAUUAUGCUAAAUGCCGCCCAAUUAUUUUGCUUUAAAUGUAUUUGUUGUGAUUUAAAUGAAAGGAUAUAAAUAUACAUUUAUUCUCUUUUAUUUUGCAAAUGACUGGAAAAUAAAUAAAGUGCUAGUCUUUUUAUAUAAUAGACGAAAGUGUUUCUCCACAAUCACAAUUGAUCCUUACUCAAAAAUAGCACAAAAUGACAUUUUCAACAAUCUAGAAUGGGCAAUAAGUAUCUGCUCUGGUGCUACGGUUUUUCACAGAAUGGUUUUCAAUGUAACCAAAAUAAACCUGAAAAAAAACCUUUUCUGUUGAAAAAUAAAAGUGGGAUUCAUGUACACCAGAAA